GGAGCGGCCGGGGCCGGGCGGCUGCGGUGCAUCCCUCACCGCCUCCCCUCCCUUUCUCCCUCCCUCCGGCAGCCGGCAACAUGGCGGCGGCCGCUGCGGCCGCCCAGGACGAGCUCAAUCAACUUGAACGUGUGUUCUUGCGUCUUGGCCAUGCAGAAACGGAUGAGCAGUUACAGAACAUUAUUUCCAAAUUUCUACCCCCUGUUCUCCUCAAGCUGUCUAGCACACAGGAGGGAGUUCGUAAAAAGGUCAUGGAGCUGCUGGUUCAUCUGAAUAAACGCAUCAAAAGUCGUCCAAAAAUUCAGCUUCCAGUAGAGACAUUGCUAGUUCAAUAUCAAGAUCCUUCUGCAGUGUCGUUUGUCACUAAUUUUACCAUAAUUUACGUUAAGAUGGGAUACCCCCGUCUGCCUGUGGAAAAACAAUGUGAAUUGGCUCCAACUCUUCUCACUGCAAUGGAGGGAAAACCUCAGCCACAGCAAGACAGCCUAAUGCAUCUUCUAAUACCAACCCUUUUUCACAUGAAAUACCCUGCUGAACCACUGAAAGCAGCUGCUUCUCCAUUUAAUCUUGCUGAAAAACCAAAGACUGUACAGCUGCUUUUGGACUUUAUGUUGGAUGUUCUUCUUAUGCCUUAUGGGUUUGUACUGAAUGAAUCUCAGAGUCGACAAAACAUGCCCUCGGCCCAGGGCUCUUCGUCAAGUAGCACGGGAGGUCCUGGAAUCCCUCAGCCACCUCCAGGGAUGAGCUUUUAUGCAGCCAAAAGGGUAAUUGGAGAUAGCCCUUGGACACCAGAACUGCUGGAACAGUGUAAGCUGGGGAUAGUGAAGUUCAUUGAAGCUGAGCAAGUGCCAGAACUUGAAGCUGUUAUACACCUGGUUGUAGCCUCCAGUGAUACAAGACACAGUGUCGCCACUGCAGCAGACCUUGAACUAAAGAGCAAACAAAGUUUAAUUGACUGGAACAAUCCUACUAUCAUCAACAAAAUGUAUAAAGUGUAUCUUGGGGAUAUACCACUGAAAACCAAGGAGGGAUCUGUUCUGAAACCAGAAAUGAAACGAGAGUCAGUCAGCACCCGUGUUAAGUUAAAGAUAGUUCCUCAUCUUCUGCGAUCCAGGCAAGCUGCAGAAACGUUCCCAGCUAACAUUCAGGUGGUUUACGAUGGACUCUUUGGUGCAAACACAAAUGCAAAGUUGAGAAGUCUGUCCUUGCAGUUUGUCCACCAUAUUUGUAUCAUUUGUCCAGAAAGUAAAAUAAAGCCAUUAGGCCCAAUGCUUUUAAAUGGACUUACAAAGCUGAUCAAUGAAUACAAAGAGGAUUCAAAACUGCUGUCAAUGGCAUAUUCAGCGGUUGGGAAGCUCUCCAGCCGAAUGCCUCAGCUCUUUACCAAGGAUAUAGCACUGGUACAGCAGUUUUUUGAAGCUUUAUGCAAGGAAGAUGCUGAUACCAGGCUUGCCAUUCAGGAGGCGUUGUCUAUGAUGGUUGGAGCAUACAGUAACUUGGAAGGAGCCCAGCGUACCCUGAUGGAAGCUCUUGUAGCUUCUUAUUUAAUAAAGCCUGAAGUUCAAGUACGUCAAGUGGCUGUGAAAUUUGCUAGCACAGUAUUCCCUCCAGAUCAUAUCCCUUCCAGAUACUUACUCUUGUUAGCUGCAGGAGACCCGCGGGAGGAGGUACAUGGAGAAGCCCAGCGGGUGCUGAGAACAUUUCCUGGUAAAAAUGAAAAGGAGAGUUCUGGGAAGCAGAUGCCUUCCUUCCCUGAAAUGGUCAAUUACAUUCAAGACAAGGCCUCUCACCGAAUGAAAACUCCAGCUAAAUACAUGACUGGAACUGCAGCGUUGCCUUUCAAUCCUGCCACAUUUGGAGAGAUAGUUCUGUAUCUGCGGAUGUGUCUUGCUCACAGUGCAGGUGUGGUGCCAACCUCACAGAGCUUGGCAGAAAUGCAAGAUCAUGCUCCAGCCAUUGGACGUUACAUACGAAACCUCAUAUCUGGCAACCACAUAUCUUUCUCUUCCUCCUCCUCUUCAAAAAGUGCAGAAACCAACCCUGUGCACAUAUAUAUUGGCCUUCUUCAGCAGCUGUUGGCUGGAGUUGGAGGUUUGCCAGUCAUGUAUUGUCUUCUAGAAGUUGUUUCAGUGUAUCCAGAAAAACUAGCCACCAGAUUUGUAGACAAAAUGGAUUGGAUAAAGAGCCUGAUGAACACAAACAAAGAAGAAAUGCGUGAGCUUGCAGCCCUGUUCUAUUCUGUAGUGCUGUCUACCAUGUCUGGAGACGAGCUUAGGGCCUCCUUGGAGCAGCUGAUCAAGAUGACAAAAGACAACCAUAGCCCGGAGGUCCAACAUGGAUCCUUGUUGGCUUUGGGAUUUACAGUAGGAAGGUACUUGGCCAAAAGGAAAAUCAGAACAAUGGAGCUACGUGACAUAGAACAGCCAAACACUGCAGUCAUGCCUGAACAAGAACAGCUCAUAAAGUCAACGACAGAGACAAUAGGUUCUUUUCUGGAGAGCACCUCUCCCUUCCUUGUGGUGGCUGCUUGUACUGCUCUUGGGGAGAUUGGCAGGAAUGGCCCCCUGCCAAUCCCGAGUGAAGGAACAGGAUUUACAAAACUACAACUUGUUGAAAGCUUAUUGGCCCGAAUCCCUUCCAGCAAGGAAACAAAUAAGAUGAAGGAACGAGCAAUACAAACAUUGGGCUACUUCCCAGUGGGAGAUGAAGAUUUUCCUCACCAGAAGCUACUGUUGCAGGGUUUAAUGGAUUCUGUGGAGGCCAAACAAAUAGAACUGCAGUUCACCGUUGGUGAAGCUAUUACCAGUGCUGCUGUAGGAACCAGCUCAGUGGCCGCACGUGAUGCAUGGACAGUCACAGAGGAGGAGUAUAUCCCUCCUUCAGAUUUGAAAGUGAAUGACGUGGUUCCCUGGGUCCUAGACCUUAUUUUGAAUAAGCACAUUAUCAGCCCCAACCCACACAUUAGGCAGGCAGCUUGCAUCUGGCUUCUAUCAAUGGUGAAAAAGCUGAGCACACACAAAGCAAUUAAGUCUCGUCUCAAGGAUAUUCAAAGUGCAUUUGUUUCAAUUCUGUCAGAUAGUGAUGAGCUUAGUCAAGAUGUUGCUUCAAAAGGUCUUGGACUGAUCUAUGAACUAGGAAGUGAACAGGAUCAGCAAGAGCUAGUCACCACACUUGUUGACACCCUUAUGACUGGGAAAAGAGCCAAACAUGAGAUGACUGGAGAAACUGUGGUGUUUCAGGGUGGCCUGAGCAAAACCCCAGAUGGUCAAGGUCUUUCUACCUACAAGGAGCUUUGUUCACUGGCUAGUGAUCUCAAUCAACCAGACCUGGUGUACAAAUUCAUGAACCUGGCCAACCAUCAUGCCAUGUGGAAUUCUCGAAAGGGAGCAGCUUUUGGUUUCAAUGUGAUAGCUGCCAAGGCUGGAGAGCAGCUGGCUCCAUUUUUGCCCCAGCUUCUUCCCCGGCUCUACCGUUACCAGUUUGACCCCAACCUGGGCAUUCGACAGGCAAUGACCAGCAUUUGGAAUGCCUUGGUCACUGACAAGUCAAUGGUCGAUAAGUACAUGAAGGAGAUUCUUGAGGAUUUGAUCAGUAACCUAACCAGCAAUCUAUGGAGGAUCAGGGAAUCCAGCUGUCUGGCACUGAAUGACUUACUAAGAGGAAGACCUUUGGAUGACAUUAUAGACAAGCUUCCAGACAUCUGGGAAAUCCUAUUCAGAGUGCAAGAUGAUAUUAAGGAGACUGUGCGAAAGGCAGCAGAACUAGCCCUAAAAACUUUAAGCAAGGUCUGUGUGAAAAUGUGUGAUCCCUCUAAAGGAGCAGCUGGUCAGAAAACGAUAGCUGUAUUGCUCCCUUGCCUCCUAGACAAAGGAAUAGUAAGCACAGUUGCUGAAGUCCGAUCUCUCAGCAUUAACACUCUUGUGAAGAUCAGUAAAAGUGCUGGGUCUAUGCUGAAACCUCAUGCACCAAAACUUAUCCCAGCCCUGCUGGAAUCCUUGAGUGUCCUGGAGCCUCAAGUCCUCAAUUAUUUGAGUCUUUGUGCAACAGAUCAGGAGAAAACUGCAAUGGAUAGUGCCAGACUUAGUGCUGUCAAGUCAUCUCCCAUGAUGGAAACCAUUAACAUGAGCUUGCAGUAUUUGGAUGUGUCUGUCCUGGGUGAACUGGUUCCUCGGCUGUGUGAACUGAUCAAAAGUGGAGUAGGCCUUGGCACAAAGGGAGGCUGUGCCAGUGUAAUAGUGUCGUUAACCACACAGUGUCCUCAGGACUUAACACCUUACUCAGGCAAACUUAUGAGUGCUUUACUUAGUGGCCUGACUGAUCGGAACAGUGUGGUACAGAAGUCUUUUGCCUUCGCUAUGGGGCAUCUAGUCCGGACUUCCCGGGACAGUAGCACUGAGAAGCUGCUGCACAAACUCAGCAGCUGGUACAUGGAGAAGGAAGAGUCAGUUUACAGAACAGGCUGUGCUUUAACUGUGCACGCUAUGGGACGCUACAGCCCAGACGUAGUGAAGAACCAUGCCAAACAUGUGCUGCCAUUGGCCUUUCUUGGCAUGCACGAGGUUCCCGAUGAAGAGAAAGGAGAGAAAGAGAAUUCUACUCUGUGGACUGAAGUUUGGCAGGAAAAUGUACCUGGUACUCAGGGUGGCAUCAGACUGUACAUGCAGGAGUUGAUCACCAUCACCCAGAAGGCUCUGCAGUCCCAGUCCUGGAAGAUGAAAGCCCAGGGAGCAGCUGCCAUGGCAUCAAUUGCCAAACAGACAAGCUCCCUCGUACCACCGCAUCUGGGAAUAGUGCUGUCCGCACUGCUGCAAGGCCUGCCGGGGAGAACCUGGACUGGGAAGGAGGAGCUGUUAAAGGCCAUUGCCAGUGUCAUCUCUGUGUGCAGUGCAGAGCUGCAGAAGUCAGUGCCCGGCCAGCCUACCGUCACUGAUGUUGUCCAGGCUGUCCUGAAAGAAUGUCGGAAAGAGAACCUAAAGUAUAGGAUGGUGGCACUGCGCUGUGCGGCUGGUGUGCUGCAGGCAACAAAGGAAGACCGAUUCCAGGAGCUGGCAGAUAUCAUCUUUCCCAUGAUAAAGAAGAACUCUCUUGAGAGCAUGGGCACGGGUUUUCCAAAGCAUGACGAAGAGGACGAGGACAUGAGGGAGAAAGAGGUGCAGAUGGAGUCCCUGAUCUGUGCCUUCGAGACCCUGGGCAAAGCCUGGCCGAGGAACCCAGAGACACAGGGUUGCUAUCGCCAAGAGUUUUGCAAGUUAAUGUGUGACCGUCUGAAACUCAGCACGUGGAAAGUGCAGCUUGGAGUGCUACAAGCCAUGAAUGCCUACUUUCAAGGGCUAAUGCUGUUUGAUAAGGAGCACUCAGACCCUGUGGCUUUGAGAGAAAUACUGUUGGAAACGUGUUCAUCUAUCACCCAUUCUUUAGAAAACAAAAGCUACACAUCCAUAAGAACCGAAGCUUUGUCUGUGAUACAACUGCUGCUCACCAAACUGCAAGAAGCUCAACAGUGGGAAAGCCUGACACCAGAAAGCAGAGAGCACCUCAUUCGUUCGUUGUCUACGAUGUCAUCAGAUAGCAGACCCGAGCUACAAGAGAAGGCAUUUAUAUUGAAGAAAACACUUGAAAAUCUUAACUGAGUUGUAAAACACAAACUACAAAGUGCCAUGUAAAACAAAAACAAAAAAGUGCAGUGGUCUGAAAACCAAGUGGGAAAAUGAAGAUUACCCUGUAGCAUGCAUCAUUCCUGGCCAAAAUAAAAAAUGCCUUAAAUUCUUUUCCCCUUUAAAGUCACUUUUACUCUUUAAGCUUAUGGUUAGAUGUUUUAUCAGUAAAUACCUCUAACAAUCUGCCCUAGAAUGUUUGUAAGUGUGCAACAUAAAAGAUGUUACGGGCAAGAUGUUUGGGUUUUGGUUUUGUGUUUUCUGGUUUUUUUUGUUGGUUUUUUUUUUUUUUUAAAUCAGCAAAAGAAUGUUACUCCAAUCCCCUUUGUCCAUCAAAGGAAUUGUUGAGAAACCACCAGCACAGGAAGUGAAAAGUGUAUUUGAUUUUCACUUGUGUAGCAUGUGGAGAUCUGUUACCUGGUGUGUAAACAGUAAAUCUUCGGGACUCUGCAGCAGAGUUAGUGUUUGUAAUCUAUAAAGGAUGAAAUGCUUCCCCUGAUGAAGCCUAUGUUAAAUUCCUGUGGCUUCCCAGGGGCAGGGUUUCAUCAGACACCCACCUCUGCUUCUCCUGCUUGCUCCUCCCUUGCAGCCUCUUGUCUGUGAGUUAUGAAAGGCAGAGUACUGUUAACUUUGCUCCUUCCUCCUUCUCUGACCUCAACAUGGAUUGACCGAGACUAUGCCUUGCCCAGCUAGCAACCUCGGCCUCCCAAACAUAAAUGAGAACUUUUUUCCUCAAAGGAUGCACAAGAGAGCACUUUACUGAGCUGUGUGGGACAAAGUUGGGCCUGGUUGGUGCCCAGGUGGAACACUGCUCUUCUCAAAAUUGUUUUGCAUGGACACUCCUCAGCUGCAGGAAAAAAAAAAGGAAAACAAUCUUUUCUAGAUAUGUUUUUGAAGAGUGUUCAAAGUUUGCAAUGACAUGGUUUUUUAAUAGUGGUAAUGUUUUAUUCCCUUCCUAUUGGUAACCCUGUUCUUGCUUUGGAAACCCUGUAAUGAUUUAGACUUGUCAAUAUUUGUAAGAAACUGAAUCAUCUGUCAUUUCUCAGCAGCCCAAGUCAUACUGGUUUCUAGCAAAUACUCUUUAAUUUGCACUUAAGGAGAAGGAUUUUAUCUGCAUUAAUGUGGAGUAAAAUUGCUAUAUGAUGAUGUGGCCAUGCUGCCUAUCUCCUUUUUUUUGCCCUCCUCCAAUGAGAGACAAACCUGACCACUAUAGCAACAGACUUUUAAUAGUGUAAAGUUAGCACUGCACCGUAAUCUGACCAGUAUGUGUACAGCUUUUUGGGGAUAAAUGCUUUGCUGAUGGUGAAAUGAAAUCAUUAGUGUGGGCAAUAUCAUGUCCAUGGCUUUCAGCAUAGGAAGGCUUGUUUCUUUUCUUACAGUCUGCAGCUCCUUUCAGGUUUGAUCUGCUAGGGAGAGGAUUCCUCAGAUAACGUCACGUUUCCCCCAUGCGCGUUUAUUCAGAAUCAGGUAUGCAGUACCUGCUUUUCCCUCAGGUGCCAUUUCCCAUUCAGUGUUUUCUGGUACUGUAACAAUCUCGUUGUCUGACCUCCUCUCCACGGGAAGGGAGGAAUGCAAUUUGUGUACACCUGGUCAGCAAGAAAUGGGCAGAGCAGUCCCACUGCGGCUCUCGUGUAGCAGAAACCUCAGCGAGCACUAUUGCAUUGUACACUAGAACUGGUCAGUGGGUAACUCCUUGGUGCUGGGAGCUGGUGCUAUAAUGUUUUGAUCUACACCUUGUUGCAGGGAGCUGCUCUUUGUUUACGUGUAGUUUGAACUAUUGAGCACAGUGUACAUUUUAAAAUUUUACUGGGCAGAUCACUUUGCAGUAUCUUUAAAAGCUUGCUUACCAUGACAUGUAGUGUCUGAGUGCUCCUCUUUUUUUUUUUUUUUUUUUUUUUUGUAUUAUAUGAAUAUUACCAGUGAUGCUUUGCUGUAGCAGUUCAUUGUCUGACUUGGGUUUUUUUUGUAUCGGUGAGUGACAGUAUCAGAAAAGCAAGAGCCUCCACGUCUCUGGUAAUUUGAGUUUUCACUGUGGACUGGAGUAUUCAGAGGCAAUGCCUAAUAUGGUCAAAUGACCGUUAAGUAGAAUAACUGUAAUCAUUGUCAAUAGCAACCUGAAUUUCUCUAUUGGGGAUUUACAGUAGAGGGAAGAGCGUAUUCUAGGAACUCUACAAACAGCUGGAUUAACAACUCCGGCCAAGAGUGUUAGGAAGGUUAGAAAUGGUACAACACUUUCUGAAUCACAAAGCAAUAUGUCUUUCUCGUGAUUACAGAACAGAUUCAGAGCUCCUCUCUAAAGCAUGUGCCUAUACACAAAACCUACCUGUACAAAAGCUAAUUCAGUCAGAGGUUUGAUUUCUAUCCCCCCUCGCAUUUGUAAACUUGACAGGAUUUAAAAAUAAAUAAAUAGAUGUGGCCUUCCUAGAGUUUUUCCUCUAAAAGUGAUUGCACUAUGUAAAACACACUGUACUUUGCCCAGCGUGGGCAUUUCUUGUGCUGCUGCAAUGCUUUGUAUACCUGGAGUGCAGUGCGCAGACGUGACUCUAGCACUCACAUUGUGACCUACAAGCUGUCGCUUAAAUGGAUGUAUAAGUUUUCUAAUGUUGCAGAAUCUCCAUCAAAUUCACCGCAAUCUGUACUGUCAACGUAUGUGAAUGGUCUGACUGAAAGAAAACCCUCCUGCUUACCAAAAAAGCAGAACUAAAUAAAAGCUGCAUGACCUGUU